AUGGAAGGCCCUCUCAUGUUCGCCCAUCUACCUGUCUGGUCGCCGCCUGGGCAGGGGUGUCUAGUCGCGGUACUAAGGAACCAUCUCUACAUCGAGGGUGGCAAGAUCUCCACGUAUCUUAACGGAGAAGCCACAUCAAAUAGGGAAUAUGAUCCUGUAAACACCACUCUCUACAUCCCGCUGGAUGUCGAUUGGACGAACAGAACGUUGGAAUUGAAAGAGAUACAACAUGCAAUCGGAAUGCCAACAGUCGACCAUCUUGGCCUUUGGGCUGACGAACGGGAGGGCGGCGCCAUCUAUCGCUGGGCUGGGAGGCUCCAACUCGGCCAACUCAUGGGGAAAGACGACCCAACAACACUCUGGAAACUGGAAACAGGUAGUAAUGGGAAUGGAGGCUGGACUGCGACUACACCUGGGAAUCCGGAAGGUUUUAGCAGCAUCAUCCGGACACGAGACGCCGCUUCGGUAUCGUGCGACGGGCUCGGUCUCUACAUCGGAGGCAUCACUGACACGUCAACGGAAUACAAUAUGAAGACGCGGGCAGUCCCCGGUACGCUGAUAUACAACAUGGACUCUCGAGAGUGGACAAACUCUUCGAGCCAUGAGGCUUUUCAACCAGAGGGACUGCACAAGGCAGGGACGCCCCCGGUAUGCACGACGAGAUUUGGAGGAAAUCCUUUAGUUUUCCUCCUCGGGGGAGAGGCAGUGACAAGCAACAAUCGAAUUUCCAACCUAAGGAGCUUCCAACAUGUCACAAUUCUCGACCCAGUCAAGAGGCAAUGGUAUGAACAGAGAACGACGGGUGGCCCACCGCUACCAAGAAUGUUUUCUUGUGCCGUAGGUGCUCAUGGGAAGAACGGCACAUAUGAGAUCUUCAUGUACGGAGGGGUCAUUGGAGACGACGCCCAGAAUGAUAUUUGGGUUCUCACUAUUCCGGGCUUCCACUGGGUAAAAACUCAGAGGACCGGGCCUCGGCGCUAUGGAUAUGGAUGUGCUCUAGCUGGGAAGAGGCAAAUGAUAUCGGUAGGCGGCCUAGGACCGAAGGGAGGUUUUAAAUCGGUUGAUGAGUGGUACGCAGGUAUUGGGGUUUUCGACCUGUCCACCUUGGAAUGGAAGGAUCGUUACGAGGCGAAUGCCGAGGAUUACGAUUCACCGAGUCUUGUAAAGUCCUUUUACACUAGCGGGUAU